GUUUCGCUGCAUCGUCUAUCCGUUCCAGCAGAAGCUGACGCGGCGUCAGGCCAUCAUCACCAUCGCCUUCAUCUGGGCGCUGGCCGUGGGCAUCAUGUGUCCGUCCGCUGUCACAUUGACCGUCUCGCAGGACGUAUUGCACUUCACCGUGGACGGGGACAAUGAGACGCACCCGCUCUACACCUGCUGGGAAGCCUGGCCCGACCAGAGCAUGAGGAAGAUCUACACCACCGUGCUUUUCUCGCACAUCUACCUGGCUCCGGUCUCGCUCAUCUUCAUCAUGUACUCGCGCAUCGCGGUCAGGCUGGUCAAGCCGCCCGUCUUCCGCCGCAAGCUGCGCGUGGUAAACAUGCUCCUGAUGGUGGCGCUGCUCUUCGCCGUGUCCUGGCUUCCGCUCUGGAUCCUCAUGAUGCUGACGGAUUACGGAAAUCUUUCGGCCGCUCAGCUGGAUCUGGUGGCCGUCUAUGUCUUCCCGUUCGCUCACUGGCUGGCCUUCUUCAACAGCAGCGUCAAUCCUAUUGUUUAUGGCUACUUCAACGAGAACUUCCGGCGC